GUGAUCCAGGUGCUCUCGUCGCGUCCUGGAAAGACCUAUCACGAAAUUACAGAUUGCACCAGCAUAGAGACAUGCCGGCCGCUACAGAUGGAGCGGGUUUAGCCUCGCUACACAAUCUACAAGACCAACUAGCUGAGAUUGGAGAUGAAGUCGACGCGGAUCAAAGUGACUUAGCCUUCCUUAAACAGUUCCUUGAGGGUCCUCUGCUGGAGUCACUGGUACAGGUAAGUGACUUAGCCUUCCUUAUACAGUUCCUUGAGGGUCCUCUGCUGGAGUCACUGGUACAGGUAAGUGACUUAGCCUUCCUUAAACAGUUCCUUGAGGGUCCUCUGCUGGAGUCACUGGUACAGGUAAGUGACUUAGCCUUCCUUAUACAGUUCCUUGAGGGUCCUCUGCUGGAGUCACUGGUACAGGUAAGUGACUUAGCCUUCCUUAUACAGUUCCUUGAGGGUCCUCUGCUGGAGUCACUGGUACAGGUAAGUGACUUAGCCUUCCUUAUACAGUUCCUUGAGGGUCCUCUGCUGGAGUCACUGGUACAGGUAAGUGACUUAGCCUUCCUUAUACAGUUCCUUGAGGGUCCUCUGCUGGAGUCACUGGUACAGGUAAGUGACUUAGCCUUCCUUAUACAGUUCCUUGAGGGUCCUCUGCUGGAGUCACUGGUACAGGUAAGUGACUUAGCCUUCCUUAUACAGUUCCUUGAGGGUCCUCUGCUGGAGUCACUGGUACAGGUAAGUGACUUAGCCUUCCUUAUACAGUUCCUUGAGGGUCCUCUGCUGGAGUCACUGGUACAGGUAAGUGACUUAGCCUUCCUUAAACAGUUCCUUGAGGGUCCUCUGCUGGAGUCACUGGUACAGGUAAGUGACUUAGCCUUCCUUAUACAGUUCCUUGAGGGUCCUCUGCUGGAGUCACUGGUACAGGUAAGUGACUUAGCCUUCCUUAAACAGUUCCUUGAGGGUCCUCUGCUGGAGUCACUGGUACAGGUAAGUGACUUAGCCUUCCUUAAACAGUUCCUUGAGUGUCCUCUGCUGGAGUCACUGGUACAGGUAAGUGACCUAGCCUUCCUUAUACAGUUCCUUGAGGGUCCUCUGCUUGAGUCACUGGUACAGGUAAGUGACUUAGCCUUCCUUAAACAGUUCCUUGACGGUCCUCUGCUGGAGUCACUGGUACAGGUAAGUGACUUAGUCUUCCUUAUACAGUUCCUUGAGGGUCCUCUGCUGGAGUCACUGGUACAGGUAAGUGACUUAGCCUUCCUUAUACAGUUCCUUGAGGGUCCUCUGCUGGAGUCACUGGUACAGGCGAAAGACCGACUUGAGCAGGACCCCGUUGACCAGCCAAGUGAUGAAUCUGCCAGUAGGAUGGUAGCGGACUGCAUCAACGAUAUUGCCAGUCUAGGGUCUAACUCUCACGCUGUAGAGCUGGAGAAAGUUCUGUCCGCACCCCAUUUCAUGGCCAUGAUGUCUGCGUAUGAUGAUAUUGCAGACAAGAAUUACGAGGAGGAAGUUAACGAUGUCAAGCAGUUAAGCGCCCCACCACCUCCCAUGGUUUUCAACAACGUGGCCGACCAGGUCCGACUUGUAGGGAUACGCAAGGACAAAAGUGCUCCCCUGGGAAUUACAGUGAAGAUAGACGAACACAGUGACCUCGUCAUCGCACGGAUCAUGUCAGGAAGCAUGAUAGACAAACAAGGAUUACUCCAUGUAGGAGAUAUCAUCAAAGAAGUAAAUGGCCUUCAGGUGUUCUCUCCGGAGCAGCUUAUGGAGAUAAUUCGGUUUACGGAAGGUUCCAUCACUCUCAAGAUUGUCCCGACAGUGGUUGAAUCACAAAUAAAAUCACAGAAAUACAUGCGUGCCCACUUCAACUAUGACCCGAAGAAGGAUCGGCUCAUACCCUGUGCCGAUGCUGGCCUCACUUUCAGUGAUGGCGAUGUAUUACAAAUUCUCAGCUCUGAGGACCCAAACUGGUGGCAGGCAAGGGUCGUUACUAAAGAUGAAGAUGGACAGACGGGACUGAUCCCCUCUCAGCCGCUAGAGGAGAAACGAAAGGCUUUCGUACAGCCCGACUACGACUACUCCAAAUCCAGUCUCUUGUGUGGUUUAAAAAGAAGGAAAAAGAAAAAGAUCAAGUAUGCCACUAAAAAUACUACAGAUUUUGACAGAUGCGACCUGUCCAUUUACGAAGAGGUUGCGCGGAUGCCGCCGUUUGAAAGGAAGACACUAAUUAUUGUCGGUGCGACAGGCGUCGGUCGUAGAUCACUCAAAGAGAGGCUUCUGAAGGAUGAUCCCCGCAGAUUUGGGGCCGUCAUGCCGCACACGUGUCGGGAGAUGAGAGAUGGUGAAGUGAACGGGAAAGGCUAUUUUUUCACUGACCGUGAGACAAUGGAGGAUGACAUUAAGGCCGGGCUUUACCUGGAGUAUGGAGAAUACAACGGCAACUUGUACGGCACAAAGAUAGACUCUAUUAACCACGUCACCAAUGCUGGGAAAAUGUGUGUGCUUGACGUCAAUCCUACGUCGCUGAAGAUCCUGAAGACAGCCGAGUUCAUGCCCUUUGUGGUGUUUAUAGCAGCCCCCAGUGCAGAAGCUCUCAAACGCAUGUAUGAUUAUGGGCGACAAAAAGGCAUUGUCGUGCGUAGAGGGGACGAUGAUUACCGUAAGGCUGUGGAGGAGAGUGCCCAGAUUGAACGUGUCUAUAAGGGUUUGUUUGACAUGACCAUUGUCAACGACAGUUUUGAGGAUGCCUAUAAACAGCUGAGGAUGGCACUCAACGACCUCGGCACUGAAUCCCAAUGGGUCCCCAUCAACUGGGUAUACUGAGAGGUCACAGGAGUUCAAGGUCACCAAGGUCAACAAAGGCUCAGGGCAUGGCCUGCUAUAACAAGAAAUGGUGAACAUUGUUUUGUAUAUGAACUCUUCAACAGCAGACAGACAGGAAGACUUAGAACUUGUUUUCAAGUUUUUCUGCUAAUGAAGGUUCAAGCCUUUUGGCAGAUGUCACCGGAGGAUAUGCUCUGACCUUGACCUUCACAAGGUCACCGCACAACAUAAGCCAAUCACCACAUGUUUGCCUUAUUCACUUCGGAUGGAAUGUUUUUAGUCUGAUCAUAAGGAUUUGAUGUGAUGUCUCAUUCUGUCUGAAAGCUUUUCUCCCAAAUAUGCAUUAAAUUAUCGUUAUUUUUGGUCCAAUAAAUGUUAACCAGGUUGUUCACAGUCUACCAAGGUAACUUUACCAGGUUGUUCACAGUCUACCAAGGUAACCUAACCAGGUUGUUCACAGUCUACCAAGGUAACCUAACCAGGUUGUUCACAGUCUACCAAGGUAACUUUACCAGGUUGUUCACAGUCUACCAAGGUAACCUAAAUAGGUUGUUCACAGUCUACCAAGGUAACUUUACCAGGUUGUUCAUUGUCUACCAAGGUAACUUUACCAGGUUGUUCACAGUCUACCAAGGUAACCUAACCAGGUUGUUCACAGUCUACCAAGGUAACCUAACCAGGUUGUUCACAGUCUACCAAGGUAACUUUACCAGGUUGUUCACAGUCUACCAAGGUAACCUAAAUAGGUUGUUCACAGUCUACCAAGGUAACUUUACCAGGUUGUUCAUUGUCUACCAAGGUAACUUUACCAGGUUGUUCACAGUCUACCAAGGUAACCUAACCAGGUUGUUCACAGUCAAUGCUAGCUUAAAAACAAACCACUACAAUUUUUCCUGUUUUUAAUGGUUACAAUAAGAACCAGAUUCUGGUUUAAGCCGUUGGAUUAUUAUGGUACUAAUUAUAGCCUUACAAGUUCACCAGGUCCUCGUUUGUUUCAUCAAUUGUUAUUUAUCAUGUUCAUUAUAUAAUUCAACGAAUGUGAUUUAUUUUGUUUUAUUAUCAUUAGCUGAACAAGGAUUAAUAAGGAAUUAGAAUAAUGACAUGAAAUAUAUAUUCUGAUCAAAUUCAGAUCCUUCACUCUGUUCCUCCACUAUUCACCAAGGUUUAUCAUCUGACUGACUCCACAUCAGGGGUCAUGACCUGUGACCUUUUAUUCCAUACCUGUACACAUGCUAUGGGGUCAUGACCUGUGACCUUUUAUUCCAUACCCAUAUGCUAUGGGGUCAUGACCUGUGACCUUUUAUUCCAUACCCAUAUGCUAAGGGGUCAUGACCUAGUGACCUUUUAUUCCAUACCCAUAUGCUAUGGGGUCAUGACCUGUGACCUUUUAUUCCAUACCCAUAUGCUAUGGGGUCAUGACCUGUGACCUUUUAUUCCAUACCCAUAUGCUAUGGGGUCAUGAUCUACUAGUGACCAUUUAGUCCGUACCCAGACUGGGAAGUAUAAACAAGGUUUGAAUAAAAUGAAAUUGUAACAAGGAAUUCCAGUAUUAAGUAGAAAUGUAUGUGGAAUACAAUAUCAACAAUAUAUGUUUAUUACUACUAAUAACAAUACAAGUUUCAAUCUUUAUUUUUAUUUUUGUUAGACAAAAGAAAAACUGGUAAACAUUGAAUAAGAUUCUUGAUUUAUCGGAGAGGCGUUCUUUAAGUUUUUACUUUUUUUUUUUUUUUAGAAAGUUUCAAUAAUUGUUUGUACUAAGGAAUGGUUUGUGUUCCAUGAGCCUCAAUAUUCCUCAUAUUGACAUUAAUAAACAAUGCUUAGUUGAACAUCUGUCAGUGGUAAGAUAAUUGGGAUAUAUUACCAGAUCAAAGUAGCUGGGUUUUAUUUUGCAGAGCAUUUUCAUUUCAAUCUUAUGCCCUUUUUGUGGUGAACCGUGGACAUAUAGGGAGAGCAUAUUUACCGACUAUCAUGGCAGUUUAAAGCACACAGAAAAUGAUCAAAGAAUUAAUUAGUGUUCUUGUAUUAAUUGGUGUACUUGUAUUAAUUGGUGUACUUGUAUUAAUGAAUUACUUGGAUUAAGAAGAUUUGAAUUAACUGUAACUAUAAAUACUUAUUCGUGACCAGAAAAGACAUACUUAAACAAUUAUACCAGGUCAUUCUCAUCCUUCUCCUUUCCUUAUUCUAGAAAGAAGGAUUUUUCUUCAAAUAGUGAAUAAACAUGUUGCACAUGGAAGGACCCAGUGCAUUCAUGGUCCCGUAAUAUCAUUAUAAUGGAGGAUGUGGUUGUUUUCUUGUUAUUUUUUGUUGGUUUUGUGUAUUCGUAAAUCAUUUUAUUUGUCUUAUACAAAUCAUUUUCAUGUAAAAAAUAUACAGCUGAAAGGCAAGUGCUACUGGUCCUACUGGUCCCAGGGUUCUACUGGUCUACUGGUCCUACUGGUCUACUGGUCCCAGGGUCCUACUGGUCCCAGGGUCCUACUGGUCCCAGGGUUCUACUGGUCUACUGGUCUACUGGUCCCAGGGUCCUAGUGGUCUACUGGUCCCAGGGUCCUACUGGUCUUACUGGUCUACUGGUCCUACUGGUCUACUGGUCCUACUGGUCUACUGGUCCCACUGGUCUACUGGUCCUACUGGUCCCACUGGUCUACUGAUCCUACUGGUCCUACUGGUCUACUGGUCUACUGGUCCCACUGGUCCCACUGGUCUACUGGUCCUACUGG